AUGAGUGAUUAAGGUAUUUUAAAUUUCAGCUUAACUAGAAGUUCAAAAUGGAGUGCCAACAUAAAUUUAGCCUUAAGAGAACUAAAGAAGACUCAUGCAUCUUUCAAGUUUGGUUAAUUAAGUAUUAAGUUCAUAAUAUAAAAAUAGUUGAUUGGGCAAGGUAAAGAUGAUCCUGAAGAUUUAGUAGAAUUUAGUGUACAUGGAAAACUAUUAGCUGUAUGUAGAUGGUUAUUAUUUUUAGUAUACAAGAAGAUCAUUGAAUUUAUUUGAAGCUGAGAACAAAAUUAGAUUAUGGGCAAUAUGGAUGAUUGAGUGGAUGUAUAUUUAAGUUUAAUUUCAUAUUAGCUGGUUUGAUAGAUUCAUCAUUACAGUGAUUUUAUUAAAUUCAAUUUUAUUAGCCACAUAAGAUUAUAGUUGGAGAGAGACUAAUUAAGAAGCACCUAGUACUUGGACAGACAGUUUCGAAUAUUUAUUUACUGCAAUAUUUAUUAUAGAGUUCCUUUUGAAAAUGAUAGCAAUGGGAUUUAUCCUUGAUAAACAAACAUACUUAAGAGAUGGGUGGAAUUUUAUUGAUUUUAUCGUUGUAAUAACAGGAAUCAUAUCACUUUUCAUUUCUACUAGAGUAUCAGCUAUUAGAAUUGUAAGAAUAAUGAGACCACUAAGAUCUAUAAAUUCAUUGAAAGAGAUGAAAGUUCUUAUCAUAACAUUAUUAGAUUCCUUGCCUGCUUUGGUUAAUGUGGUUAUUUUUUUACUAUUUAUAAUAAUCCUCUUUGGAAUAUUGGGAUUAUAAAUAUUUAUGGGAGCUUUAGAAAAUAGAUGUAGAAUGACAGAAUAUCCUGUGGGGGAUGUUUGGAAAGUCUCAAAUUAUACAAAAUUAUGUUAGGAUUCUUCAAACUGUCCUGAAGGAACAUAUUGUGGAAAUCCAAAUACUUAUAAUCUGCCUUAACAAGAAUCUGAUGAUAAGACCUUUAAUUAUGGAUAUACAAAUUUCAAUAAUAUUUUUUCGGCUACAUUUACUAUUUUUUAAGCUUUAACAACAGAAGGUUGGACAAAGUUGAUUUUUAUUUAUUAGGAAGCAUUGUCUACAGUUAUAGUUUAUAUUUACUUCUUAUUACUUAUUUUUUUGGGAUCUUUUUUUGUUGUAAACUUAAUAUUAGCUGUUAUUAAUGAUAGUUUUACAGCUGCUUAAAUAAGAGCCAGUAUUAAAAAUUCUUAAGCAUUUGCUACAUCUUUUCCUUAAGAAGAAUAAGAUGAAGAGAUAGAAUAAAAUGAAGAAGGAGAACAAUAAGUUGCAUUGACUAAUAAUAUCAAUAAUGAAGAUUAGACAUAAAAUAAUUAAUUAGAUCAUGAAUAAUAAUUAAGAAAACCUAUUACUUAAAAUAUUAAUGAUACUAAUGCCUUAAAAAAUUAAGAGAAUCAAAAUAAUGGUGAAUAAUAAUAAAUAUCUAAGAGCAAUACUAUAAAAUAAAUUCAAUAAUCAGCUAGAUCUUAAAAAAAAUAAAGAAGUUUAAAAUUAAAAUAAUCUAAGUUUAAGUAAUUUCAAUUACUUUUAAUUGUUAUUAUAGAAACAAAGUAAUUUUAUUAAAUAAUAAUAUAGAUAUUUUUUGGCUUUUAUCACAUCAAUUAUUAUAUUAAAUACAAUUACUUUAUCUUUAGACAGAUAUCCUAUAUCUAAAACUGAAAGUGAUAUUUUAGAUAUAGCUAAUUAGAUAUUUACUGUAAUUUUCACAAUUGAAAUGAUUUUGAAACUACUAGCAUUUGAUACAAAUUAUUUAAAAGAUUCGAUGAAUAUCUUUGAUGCUAUUAUAGUUAUUUUAUCAUUAAUAGAAUGGAUUCUUAGUAGUGCAGGCAAUGAUUCAAGUGGAGGAAGUUUUUCAGCUAUUUAAGCUUUUAGAACUUUAAGAUUAUUUAGAUUAUUUAAAUUAGCACGUACAUGGAUUAGUUUUAGAAAAUUGUUAUCAGCUAUUGCAGCUACAGUUGGUGGUAUUGCUUAUUUUAUUAUUUUGUUAUUAUUGUUUAUGUCUGUUGCAGCUCUUUUGGGUAUGGAAUUAUUUGCUUAUAAAACACCAUAUAGAUACAACUUUAAUAAUUAUUUGACUUCAAUGUUAGUAGUAUUUAUGCUUUUAACUAAUGAAUCUUGGAAUACAAUUGCAUAUACAUUUAUGUAUGAUUUAGAAUCUAUAUAUCCAGUCAUUUAUUUUGUAAUAGUAAUUAUAUUUGGAAAUUUUAUACUACUAAAAUUAUUUAUAGCUAUUUUGAUAAAUAAUUUUCAUGAAGCAAAUAUAGAUUAAAAUUAAUCUAUAGAAGAUAAUCGUAAUCUUUUUUCAAGUAGACAUGAUUAGUCUAUGACAGAAAAUCAUUAAAGUAUAAAAAUAAAUCAAGUGUCACCAGAAUAAAUUUAACAAUCAUUUUAAGUAAUUAAAUCUGCAUCUAACUAAUAAACAAAUUAUAAUUCAUCUAUGAGAUUCAAGAAUUUAUCAUAAUAAUUUAUGGCAUCUACAAUUAUUUUAAAUAAUACAAUGAAUCAAUCUUUGCUUGAAGGUGUUUCUUUAUAUAUAUUUCCACCUUAAAAUAAAAUCAGACUUAAGAUUAAUAAAUUAAUUAAUUAAAAAUAUUUUGAAUUCUUUAUUCUAACAAUUAUAAUUAUCUCAAGUAUUUUAUUAGCUUUAGAUGAUCCACUCUCAUCAUCAAAUAAUAUAACUCUUAAUGUUAUUGAUGAAAUAAUUACAGCUUUAUUUAUUUUUGAAGCCUUAUUAAAAAUAAUUAGUAAAGGAUUUAUAAUUAAUGGACCUGAUAGUUACUUAAGAUCUCCAGGUAAUAUAUUAGAUCUUGUAGUUAUCAUUUUUUCAUCUUUAGCAUUUGAUCAAAGUUAAGCAUAAACAUUUUCAAAAAUUAAGAUAUUAAGAGUUAUUAGAGUAUUAAGGCCUCUUCGUUUGAUAGUAAGAAAUGAGGAUUUAAAAAUGUCUAUAAAUGCUUUGUUCAAUAGUUUAUCUUAAAUGAUGAAUAUUGCAUUAGUUUGUUUAAUUUUCUUUUUGUUAUUUGGAAUAUUUGGAGUAACUUAAUUCAAAGGAGCAUAUUAUUAUUGUGAUAUAUAGGAUGUUAAUGAUAAAUGGGAAUGUUUUGAUAAAGGAGGAUCUUGGUCUAAUAAGAAUUUUAAUUUUGAUAAUGUUUUGAAUGCUAUGAUUACUUUAUUUGUUAUAUCAACAACAGAAGGAUGGAUAAAUUUAAUGUCUGAUGGAAUUGAUAGUAGAGGUAUUAAUCUUAAUCCAAAAGAAAAUAAUGCUUAUGGAUGGGCAUUUUAUUUUGUAUUUUUUAUAAUAGUUGGUUCAUUUUUUAUAAUUAAUUUAUUUGCAGGAGUUAUAGUUGAAGCUUUUUAAAGUGAGAAAGAUAGAUUAAGUUAUAUGAAAGAUUUAACUAAAUAAGAAUUAGAAUGGUAUGAAAUUUAACAAAAUAUAUAUUCAAGUGUUCCAAUUGAGAAAUUUAAAAUCUCAAAACAAAAAAUAAUUAGAUGGCUAAAUGAAAUUAUAUCAUCAAAUAAUUUUGAGAUGUUUAUUUUGAGUAUAAUAAUUUUGAAUACUUGUGUUAUGAUGAUUUAAUAUUUAAGAUCUCCAUAAGAAUUAACAGAUGCUAUAUAAAUAUUGAAUUGGAUAUUUUUAUCUAUUUUUUCUAUAGAAGCAAUAUUAAAAUUAAUAGUAUAUAGGAAAUUUUAUUUUACUUCAGGUUGGAAUGUUUUUGAUUUUACAGUUGUAUUAUUAACAAUUUUAGGUGUAAUAUUAGAAUAAAGUAAUGUAUUAAAUAAUGUUGGUACAGCUACAUCUAUUUUAAGAACAUUUAGAAUUUUUAGAGUAUUAAGACUCAUAAAGAGUGCAAAAAAUUUAAGAAUUAUUUUUGGAACAUUUCUAGUAACAUUACCUGGAUUAGUAAGUGUUGGUGGUUUAUUAGGAAUAAUGUUAUUUAUUUUUGCUGUUGUAUUUAUGAAUUUAUUCCCAUAUGUAAAAAGAGGUGAAGGUAUAACAGAAAAUUCAAAUUUCAGUUCUUUUGGAGUUAGUUUAUUUACAUUAUUUAAAUGUUCAACUGGUGAAGAUUGGAAUUUAGUAAUGAUGGAUACUGCAAGAACUGCAUAACCAAAUGAUAUUUGUUUUGAUUUUAAUGAUUAUACUAAUUAUGCUGAAUAUGGGUUUAUGGGAUGUGGAAAUGUUGGUGGAAUAUUAUUAAUGAUUAUAUUUAUGAUCAUAGUUUCAUUGAUUAUGUUAAAUUUAUUUGUUGCUAUUAUCAUUGAAGUAUAUCUAUCUUAUAUAAUUAUUAAAUAGGGAUUCUAAAAUAUUAGCAAAGAAGAAAAUGCACCAAUUAAAAAGUUAGAUAUAGAGAACUUUUAACAAUUAUGGAAGGAUUAUGAUAAAGAUGCUACUGGAUUUAUGUAAUGUAAAUAUUUUACAUAAUUUAUGAUUGCUUUACCAUAACCAUUAGGAGUAAUUAUAUUCUUAUAUUUCUUAGUGGUCAAAAUUAAAAUAUUCAGCAACUUAAUAACGAAUACGUGUGGCUUAAUUGAAUUUACCUGUAUAUAAUUUAAAUGGCAAGAAUAUGUAUUUUUAUCAUUAAGCACUUAUUUGUUUAGCCUAAGAUUUCUUAGAAUCAAGUGGAUUUAUAACUAAGUAAAUAGAUAUAUAUCUUAAGUUUUGAAAUAUCAAAAGAUAUUGUUAAAUUAAAAUUGCAACCUUUAAUAGAAAAAGCAUUUUCUCCAGUUUCUAAUUUAUAGACAGAAUUUGAUAGUGGUUAAUAUAUGGCUGCUGUUUUAAUAUAAUAAAAUGGAAAAAGGAAAUUAUAAAAAUUAAAGAAAUCUAAAAGUUCUUUAAUUUAAGCUUAAUAUACUAAUGAUGAUGAAGUCUAAUAAUUCGUUUCUUGA